UUAAUUGUACUUUGAAUUUACUUUGUGCUGUUCCUUUUCCAGGUGAAGCUGUCAGACUUUGGGUUCUGUGCUCAGAUCAGCAAAGACAUCCCGAAGAGGAAGUCUUUAGUCGGCACGCCAUAUUGGAUGGCCCCAGAAGUCAUCUCCAAGUCACCCUACAGCACAGAGGUGGAUGUUUGGUCCUUGGGCAUCAUGGUGGUGGAGAUGGUGGAUGGAGAGCCGCCAUACUUCUGUGAAACUCCGGUUGCUGCGAUGAAGAGACUAAGAGAUGAGCCAGCCCCUACAGUUCGCAACAUCAACCAAAUCUCUCCGGUUCUGAAGGACUUCCUGGACCGCAUGUUGACGCGGGACCCGCUGGAGCGAGCUACGGCCACCGACCUUCUGGAGCACCCCUUCCUGCUGAAGAGCAGCUCGCCGCAGUGCUUGGUGCCCCUAGUGGAGCAGUACCGCAAGCGCAUGUCUAGAUGCUGA